AUGAAGACCUUGAGUGCUACUGGAGGAGCUAAUCUCACCGUUUGCGUUGCGAUGAGUAUAUUGGCUUUCAUAGCUGUUGUUCUUCGAUUCGCUGUGCGGAAGAGUCUGCACCAAUCGCCAACUCCAGCGGAGUGGCUUUGCGUGCUCUCUCUCGGACUUUUCCUUGGGUACUUUGCCGUACUUCUAAACUAUAUCCUUAACGGAUCACCCACCGGUCAAUUCAACUUUAUCCUACUAUCGUCUCCAGUCGAGGCAAGGAACUACAUGAAGAUGCUCUUCGCCACUGAAAUCCUGUUUGGUGCUGUGAUUACAGCGGUCAAAAUGAGCAUCCUCGUCUUCUAUCACUCCAUCUUUUCCGUCAGCGUCCGCUUCACACUCGUAUUGAUCGGUGCCGGGACAACAUGCCUAGUCUGGUUUACUACUGUAUCGUUCGUCUUAGUCUUCCAAUGUAGCCCAAUUCAUGCGUUUUGGGAUAUGAUGGCGCUCCCGCCGUACUGCCACUCACCUGCAAGGACCCUGUUAGGCUACGAAUUCACGAAUCUUAUCUUAGAUGUUACGAUUCUUUGCCUACCCAUUGGGAUGAUUCGAUCACUCCACCUACCGCUAUCAAAGAAAAUAUCGAUCACUGCUAUAUUCUUGCUGGGGGGAUUCGUCUGUGUCGCGAGUAUGGUCAGGCUGAGGUACAUAUGGGUGCUGCCGCAUGUCGAUACCUCUAUGAAUGUUGCGAUGGUAAUGAUUUGGUCUACAGUCCAGCUUGGCUUAGCAAUCAUUUGCUGCUGUUUGCCAACAUAUGGUCCGGUGUUUGCACUUGGGGGCCCCAUCGGCCGCAGAUUUAAGAGGCUCUACGCCUCUUUCAAAUCUUCAAACGCGCCGGCUUCCUCUGUCGAGUCCCAUUGGCUUUCAAAGAAGCCAAGCUGCAAGCAAAGACUUACAGAUGGAGUCUCUGCCUUCGAAAUCGAUCAAAGUGAAGCAGGCAGUGGAUGUGGUUUGAGACGUACAUGUAGACCACAUUGCCAUGGUAUUAGUCGUGAAUUGACCCUCUUAUUGUGUUACCGGAUCCCUGCUCGUCACCAACUCAGUGUAGGCUAG